AGCCCCUUCUGGCUCUGGUGCGCCCCCGAGCCCUCCGCCGCGGGGGGACUGGGCGCGAAGGUCCAAAGGGGCCCCCCCUCGGCCGAAGGUCAGAGGCCCCGACAGGGCGACGGGGGGGGGGAGCGGGGCGGGCAUCUGCAGCCGCAUCCGCGCCUGGGCGAUGCUCUCGGCGCGGCGGGCGCUGCUCGCAGCCCUGACGCUGCUCCGCCUGCGCGGGUCCCCGCCGCCAGACGGCGCCGAGGAGGCCGUCGGCGGGGCCGCUUGCAAGGCCGCGCGCGUCAGCAGCCUGGGCCGCGACGCGGACCCCGAGAAUCGGGGGGACGUUCGUUUCUGGCUGGGCGGCGAGGAGCUGGCCGUGGAGACCAGCAGGGGCGUCAACCUCGUCGUCGUGAGCCCCAAGACGCAGGAGGUGGUGUCCGCACAGGCCUACGACACCUGGAGCCAGCCCGGGCCGGAGUCGGGGCGCUUGCGCAGCGACCUAGAGGCGCUGCCGGAGGGGCAGGUGGUGCUGAUGGGCGUGAACGACACGGGGAUGAUGGAGGCCAUGAGGGAGCAGCUCGCCGAAGCGCUGGGCAGCGUCGGCGUGACCCACCUCGAGCACACCUUCCGGGCCUCGUACGCGCUGAUCGGCAGCAAGGGCGGGCCAGCCGUCGCUGAGGACCAGGCAUCCGACCGCGUAGCCGAGGUCGCCGGGCGCAUCCCUUGCUCUGCCGGCUGCAGCAUCGCCAGGGUGGUCAGCAAGGAGGGGUUUCUGCAGGACGGGCUUCCUGCCUUCUUCCUGGGCGGGCAGAGGCUCGAGCCCGAGCUGGCGGCGGGCAUCAGCAUAGUGACCUUCGACCCCGUGUCCGAGGAGGCCACGGGGGCUCGCAGCUUUCCGGCCGACGCGGACGCGCAGGCGGAGGGCGGGCUGUCGAGCUACGUCGCGUCCCUUCCUAGCGAUACCAUCGCCCUCGUCGCCGUGAGCGGCGUGCGCCUGAGCAGCCUCCGCCGCGACACUGUCCGGGUGCUGACGGCGCUGGGGGCAUCCGAGCCGCUCCUCGGCAGACAGGGGCACGAGGGCUACGCGCUCAUCGGCAGCAAGGGCGGCUGGGCCGUGGCCGAGGGGGUAGGCGAGCCCGCCGUGGUCGAGGGCCCGCUGCCCUGCCAUGGCCCUGGCGGCGUGCCCACGGAGCUCCCGAGGGGCAGCGGGGACUUCCCAGGCAGCAGCGCCGAGGAGAGCAACGCCGCCUGGCCCGGGGGGUGGCAGCCGCAGACCCUCGCGGAGUGGCCGAAGGACGACUACGGGGCGCCCGAGCCCUGCUGGAAGAUCACGGUGCUGCGCGACGUCGCGGGUGGCUGGCCCGGGCGCUGCGCCGACCUGGAGCCGGUCGGCGACGGCGGCGCGGGGCCGGAGGCGUGCGCCAGGCUGUGCAGGCAGAGCGCCCGGUGCAGCGCGUGGCGCUUCGGGCCGGGCGGCUGCCGCCACGGGCAGGGCGUCGCGUGCGACGCGGCCGGGGACUGGGAGAGGGGUGCGGCGUCGCAGCGCCUGCAGCGCGGCGAGGUGCGGGUGCUCAAGAAGCUCGAGCGCCUGGAGGUGGUCGGGCUGCUGCGCCUGUCCUUCGAGAGCGGCGCGCGGGGCUCCCACUCCGGCGCGCUGAGCCACUGCCGGGAGUGGUGCUACUCCAGCAUCUACUGCCAGUACUGGCAGUUCUCCUCGAGGGGCGAAUGCUUCGUGGAGGCGCCGAGCAUCAACGAGAGCGCGGCCCAUUACCCGCUCAUCGUCGGCCUGGGGGCCCGCAUCGAGGGCAGCGCGGCUGAGUCCAUGGUCGAGGGGGAGUACAUCCAGCACUUCUGCCCGCCGAGGCCGCUGAGCCUGCGGGAAGCACAGGUGGUCAUAAACCGCCACGUGCACGAGCCCGAGUGGUGGCUGGAGGAGAGGCCCCGAGCGACGCCUGGCCCAGCGGCAGCGUGCUGGCCAGCGCCGAGGGCUGGCCCCACGGGGCGCAGCCGCCGCCGCUGGCGGCGUGGCCCAAGGAGACUGACGCCGGCGGUGCGCCCCUGCCGUGCCGCAAGAUGACGAUCCUGGACUCCGCCCGGGGGCUGCUGGACAGCUGGAGCGGCGACUGGCUUCGGCGCGCAGAGGGCGCUCACGCGGACUGGACUGCCAGCAGGCGUGCCUCUGGAACACGAGCUGCGCGGCGUGGGCGGUGACGGACACCCACGCCUGCUUCCACGCGAGCACCGGCCCAGGGCCCAAGGAUCGA